UCAUGAAGCUGCAACGAGCUAUUUAACAAAUAAUUCUAUCUCAGUACGGGCAGUCAUAUACGAGAAUUUCAAACGAGCAGAUUGUUUUGAUACACAAAAUACACAUCAAUUAAUAUAUUGUACACUCAACAUACUGAAUUACACAAUCCAAAAGUGCCUCGUGUAACUACGAACAGUGAUAUUAUAACAAACGGGUGCUUAACUUUAUCUAGAAGUAAUCAGAUAUUCUGAUUAAACGUCCAUCAUGGAGUACUGGACGAUAGCCUUAUCGAUAUUAGCCGGCAUAUUCGCGAUUUAUUACUACUCGUCUCGCAAAAAUUCGAAUGUGUUUCGCCAGCACGGAAUUCCACAUGCAAAACAAUAUUCAUUGAUAGAAGAUCUUUGGAAAAUUUUUGUGCGUCCAAAGAGCUUUGCCGAUGCAAUUAAAGAAAUAUACAAUUUACAUUCCGACGCUAAAUACGUUGGUGCCUUUCAGCUCACGAAAUCGUUCGUGAUGAUCCGCGAUCCUGAACUGAUCAAAUUCGUCGGUAUCAAAAAUUUCGACGCCUUUCACGAUCACGUUUUCUUCGGCAAUGAAACUCAGGAUCCUCUCUUCGGGAUGAACUUGUUCGCUCUUCGUGGCGACAAGUGGCGCGACAUCAGAGGGCUUCUGAGUCCCGCUUUCACAGCUAGCAAAAUGAAGGCCAUGUGUCAGUUAAUAUCCGAGUGCGCUGUGAAUUUUUCAGAGUACUUGACGAACGUGCCGUCGGACGAGCGCGUCAUGGAAAUGAAAGAAAUAUUCUCGAGGUAUGCCAACGACGUGAUCGCUAGCUGCGCCUUCGGCAUUAACGUGGACUCGAUGAGGAACCCGACGAACGAAUUCUACACUUUUGGCAAAAAAGCGACGAACUUCGACGUAAUCGCUCUUAUAAAAAUUCUGAUGUACCAGCACAUGCCAACGCUCAUACGUCUGUUGAAUCUCAAGUUACUAGACGAUCGUACUAACGAAUUUUUUAUAAAUCUAGUAGCCGACACUAUGAGGCUCAGAGAAGAGAAAGGUGUCACACGCCCGGACGUGAUCCAGCUGCUGAUGGAGAGCAAAGGUAAAAGAGAACCGGGAAGAGAGUUGUCCAUCGUAAACAUGACGUCGCAGGCGUUUAUCUUUUUCCUCGCUGGUUUCGAGACCAGCUCGACCCUGAUGAGCUUCGCGGCGCACGAAAUCGCUGUAAAUCCAGACGUUCAAGAAAAGCUGCAGAAGGAGAUCGACAAGGUUAUGGAAGAGACGAAUGGCCAACCGUCUUACGAGGCAAUCAAUGAAAUGAAGUAUCUGAACGCUGUGAUCAGUGAGUCGCUCAGAAAGUAUCCGGUACAACCAAUGACAGACAGAUUGUGUGUGAAGGAUUUCGAGCUGCCCGCUGCAUUGCCGGAUGCAAAACCGUAUCUUGUGAAGAAGGGAACGUUAGUUUGGAUCCCAUUUUAUGGGCUUCAACAUGAUCCUAAAUACUUUUCAGAGCCGGAUAAAUUCAAGCCUGAGAGAUUCCUCGGUGAGGCUGAAGGAGAGUGUAAUCUUGACGCUUACUAUCCGUUUGGAUUAGGCCCGAGGAUGUGCAUCGGCAAUAGGUUCGCGUUACUGGAGACGAGAAUUUUAUUUUUUCAUCUUCUGGCUCGUUGCCAGUUAAAGCCGUGCGAGAAGACCUCGACAUCUGUAAAGUUACAGAAGGGCGGAUUUUCAAUGCGGAUCGAAGGCGGUUUCUGGUUGAGUGUCGUACCGAGAGAGAACAGGCACCCUGCGAUUCAGAACAGAAACUAAACGUAUUGGUUUAAAUUACAAUGUAAAGACAUGAACGCAAUUGAAUAAUAAAAGCAUUCGAAACGUAAGAAUUUAUAUGAGACUGCGAAUAAAGAAUAGAUAAAUAAAGAA